AUGUUGGUGGGAUUGUUUUGGCCGAAAUGGGUUUACAUCAAGAGAUUCGGCUAUGCUGGACUGUUUUCGUAUGUUUGCACCACCGACAACGACGUUCCUGGACUGACGAACAUGUGUUUCUCGUCUGCUGAUGUAGGUUUUUGUUUUGGAAAUAAAGUUUUUUUUAUAUUUUUAUUAUAUUAUUUUAUAUUAUGGUUUGGAAAGAAAGUUCUUGCCAUUUUGUGUUCUGUAAAGAAAGUUCUUGCCAGUUUUUGAUUUUUAAAGAAAGUUUUGAUCAUGCUUUACCUCGGAGCCAAUUUUCGAAUAAUUUUUUAUUCUAGGAACAAAGUUAUGAAGUUUAUAAAAAGUGGAAGUUUAGAGGAAGAUUUGUAAUGUAUUUUGCACUGAAAAUCUUCCACUCAACUUCCAUUUUUUAAAAUCACUUAAAAUGGUCUAAAAACACAUUUUUGACACAUUUUAAAAGUGGAAGUUCAGUGGAAGAUUUUCAGUGCAAAUUACAUUGCAAAUCUUCCAACCAAAUUCCACUUUCAAAACACCUUUAAAUCCGAUUCUAUUAAUUUAAGGGCAUAUUCGCUGGUAAAUUUCGUUCUUUAACGGUAUCAUUUGCCUUUAUAACUGUGGUAUUCGCGUUGAUAUCGCUGAUUUGGGGAACGAUUAGUCUAUUUACUGGUCGGAAGGGCUUCUUCUACACUGCCAUGUUUCAUUUGUUGGCUACAAUAACAGGAUACCUGGCUACGUAUUGGUUUUACAGCCAGUUUUCGGAUGAUAAUGGUAAGGUUUCCGCCUCUACCCUGCCCUAUAAUUGCUCUACCCUAUAAUUGUCAUACCCAACCCUACCCUACCCUACCCUACCCUACCCUGCCCUACCUUACCCUAAAGUACUCUGUCUUAAUAUACCUUUUCUUGCUCUACCCUGCCUUUCUUUAUUCCACCCUGCCCCACCAUGCCUUUUUUUACCAUGCCCAACUUACCUUAUCAACCUUAUUCUACAAGCCUAAGGAAUGAAUUUUUUGGUCUUUACAAACCUAAGCUUCCCUUGUCAAAGCCUGAUCUAGCUUCUUUUCAGAAGAACUCCGAGCAGUGAUAAGCAGGCAUUCGGAUGUGACAUACGAUGAAGGCUACUUCGUCUACUUGGCCGGUGUGAACUUUGUAUUCCUGGCUUCGAUGGCGAGCGGACUAACUCAUUUCAAUCAAGAAUAA